UUCUAAGACCUUUCUUCUCGGCAUGUUGCUUCCACAGUGGGAUGAUGGAGUUUAGAUACAAUAUUUGUUUAUUAAUACCGAACAAUCAAAAAUAGAUACUAAGUUUUUUUGUUUUCCAAAGCUCAAACCUAAUGUACAAAUUCAGUAAAGCUUUCGACACCAUCUCACCUAAAUAUCUUGGACCUUUAUUGGUGCCCACUUCUCAUGAAUCCAAGCUCCAAAGAAGAGAAGCUAAGUAAACACUAGGCCAAGGUAAACCAAGAUAUAUGCUUUUCGAAGGAACAAGCAAUGAAAAGCUAUAGACUUCCAUGUGAUUAAAUGCACCAGCAGACAGAUCCCAAUCUGUAGAGCAAUAAAUGAAUAUGGUGAUAUUC